AAAGUGCAGAUGGGAGUUUUACUUACACAAAAGGGUUCUGAGGGCAGAAAGAAAACUGAUUGGUUCAGAGAAACAACCAAUCAAUUUAAAGAAGAGGCGGGGGAAAAGGCAGGAUCUGCUAAAUGAAAAAAAAGACCGGGCAGUUGGAUCCAGCCAUCUUUGAGGAGUGAAAAAUCACAGUUUUUGAAGGGAAUUAUUGAGAAAAUGAAUGUGUUACAAGAUUUGAGGUCAGGAGGACUUUAUAUACAGGAUGCAAGACUUGGAAGUGUUGGGCCUUAUCCACUUUACAUGGAAAGUUUUGAAACCCUUGUGGAGUGCAACAAAGUAUCUGACGAGAUCAUGGAUGCCUUGUUCCAUCUGUUCAGCAUGAAGCGACCAGGUAUACUAGCAAUCAAUGCUCAUACUCUGUCUCAUAUUCUUGAUGGGGGAGCAAGGGCAAGGAGCCAUUAUUUUAUCAAGAGGAACAUCUUUAAAAACACAAGGGAGGUUAUUGGUCCUUACUUGGAACACGGGAAUCACUGGACUUUUUUUCACUGCAGUUUUGUAGAUCGUACUAUAACAUAUCUCAAUUCGCUUGGGGAACAGGAUCAGCAAUAUGAUAAAAUUAAAAACAACUGGAGCACAUUUGCUGCAGCAAAAGGCUACCACGGACCAUGGAAAAGGACAACAAGGAACCAUUCUCUUCAGAGUGAUUCUAUUUCCUGUGGAGUUUUCACAGCUGUGUUUGCUGAGACAUUUCUGGAAGGGGAAGAGGGGUAUCUUACAUGCCCACCAGUACAUGAAGAAAGACAACGAUUGGGUCUGCUUCUUUUCAAGUCACUUGAUAGGUCAGGUGUUUGUGGCAUUUGUCAUAAAACAGUGUCUAAGAAGAGCAAGGACAAAUGCUUAACAUGUUUAGCAAAUAUCCAUGCAAAAUGUCUACCUGUGAAUCCAGAGGACAGCAAGUGUCUUUUUUGCAAAGGGCAGGAAAGAAGAAAUCCAGUUAAGGUAGAGGAGAGUACAGGACAAAGCAACCAAGACAACACAGGAGUUCAGGAAAUAGUCAGUUCAGGACAAAAUUAUGAUAAAGUUCAAAGAGAAGAUGAUCCAGGACAAAGCAACAAAGACUAUACAGCUCUUCAUGGAGAAGACAGUUCAAGACAAAGCAGCAGAGACAAAGAAGCUGAGGGAGAAGACAGUUCAAGACAAAGCAGCAGAGACAAAGAAGCUGAGGGAGAAGACAGUUCAAGACAAAGCAGCAGAGACAAAGAAGCUGAGGGAGAAGACAGUUCAGGACAAAGCAGCAGAGACAAAGAAGCUGAGGGAGAGGACAGUUCAGGACAAAGCAGCAGAGACAAAGAAGCUGAGGGAGAGGACAGUUCAGGACAAAGCUGCAGAGACAAAGAAGCUGAGGGAGAAGAUAUUUCAGGACAAAGCAGCAGAGACAAAGAAGCUGAGGGAGAAGAUAUAUCAGGACAAAGCAGCAGAGACAAAGAAGCUGAGGGAGAGGACAGUUCAGGACAAAGCAGCAGAGACAAAGAAGCUGAGGGAGAAGAUAUAUCAGGACAAAGCAGCAGAGACAAAGAAGCUGAGGGAGAAGACAGUUCAGGACAAAGCAGCAGAGACAAAGAAGCUGAGGGAGAAGAUAUUUCAGGACAAAGUCCAGGAGAUCAGACAAGCCAAUUACCCAACCCACUUGUUAGGACUCCCCCCAUCACUAGUAAUGCCCCAACACACCAGGAGGAAGGAUUCAUCGUGGAAAGUGUUUUAAAAGUAUCAGACUUCCACCAAACAAAAAGAUACCUGGUCACAACUGAUGAACUGCAGAGAAGAUGUGCUCAACCGGAGAGCUACUCUGCAAACACUGUGGUGGCUUAUCUAAGAAAGGCCAAAGGUCAAAAAAGAAACAUAGAACAGAAGUUGGCAGAGUUGGAGGUGAAUCCUUCAAAACGCACAAAGUUAACUUCACUGUGCUCCAAACUUUGUGAAGAUGAAUGUCGUGACCUGGCUGAUGAUAUAACAUAUUUGGCAGCUAAAUUCAUACCCCAGAAGAAAGUGGGUCAAGCCUUGUUAGAGGAUGGAAAUGUCCACGAAGGCAUGGCCAAAACAGAGGACUGCAGAAAGACCCUAAAAGCUGUGGAAAAAGCUUUGGAGACGAACUGGCAUACAUUUGACCUGGCAACUCACGGUCUUGGGCCUGCAGUUAUAAAAGGCACUUUUGAAUUAAUUGAUGCAUGUCUUAAAGAGAAAAUUAAAGCAUUACAAUCAUGAAUUAGAACCAAUUUCAACUGUUUUGUCUGCUUACAUUAUGUUCAUAGUUAUAUACACUAGCUUCAUGCUUGAAACCUUGUUAUAUGCCUACUAACUACAAUAUGUGUUGGUUACUUUGUUGCUAAAAAUACAUUUGGGAUUGUUUUUUUUACUUUGUUAUGUACGUAUUUUAGUUUUUGAAUAUUGUUUUUGUGUGUACAAUGUAAUUGUAAAUAAAGAUUUACAAUCCUUUUUA